CUGUGUAGUAUAGUGUCGCCCCCUGUCAGAUCUCUGUGUCAUCGCACAUGUAUGUUUUGUAAUUGCUUAGCUAGAUGGCGCACCCCCCUUCUGUCAUGUGACAAGCUUGGACCAAUCGGGAGGUGCCAUCUAGCAGGUGAAGCCUUUAUAAGCAAUAAACAGCCGCAGGUCGGCGGAGUCUUCGUUCCGGUUUUCAUCGGGAGCAGUUAGCUCCGUGUCUCCUUCACUGCGCCGGCGCUAGCCGCGCGUUCGCCCGUCGGGGCCCCCCGCUUGCCUGCCGCUGCCGACACAACAUCUUUUGGCGACGAAGAUGGGAUUCCCGCAGCGGUUCCGACCGAAGCCCCGGGACACCAACGAGCUUCGUAAGUGAAGCGACCCUUCCCGUGUCCGCACGGCAGGCAAACGCCGCCGACGCACUUGGCGUCGCGAGGCUUCCGAGCCUAGGCCUUCUCGCCCCCUUUGUUCUUGCCCCAUUCCUGCGGCGAGCUCCGGCUUGCCUCCUGCACGCUACCCGGCAUGGCUUUUACUGCGAACCUUCCCGUUUUUCUUGAAGUGCCCGGCCCACCGUUAAUCCCUUGGUAUCGCUGGAAAAAAAUUUUUCAGGCCCACCUCGAAGCGGCCGGCGGUGGCGACUGGACGGACGCGCGACGAGCGUCCGCGCUCGUCAGCGCUCUCGGGCGUGAGGGACAACGGAAGUACUUCGCAGACGAGGAGCAGGAAGCAGCAAGGCAGUUAACCGGCGCAGCGUCACCGUCAAGUGAAGCAGCAAGGCAGUCGACCGGCGCAGCGUCAACGUCAAGUGAUGCGGUCCCGCCAGCGUCAGAGUUUCCGAGACUCUUGGAGCGGCUUGACCGGCUGUUCGCCGCGUCAACAAAUGUCCUGGCGGAACGGCACGAAUUCACCAGUCGGAAGCAGUUCGACGGAGAAGGAUUCCUGGAAUUCGUGACCGCAUUGAAGGAGAAGGCGGUACAAUGCAACUUCGGCACAACCUAUGGCGAGCGCGUCCGAGACCAAAUCAUACAUGGGGUAGCGAACGUCAGCGUUCGCGAAAAGUUGUUGGCUCACGGCGAAACCCUGACCUUGGACAAGGCAGAGGAAAUUGGACGCUCGUUAGAAGCCCUACAUCGAGCGAACCGCGCGUUCGGCUCGGAGGAAAUACAAAGAAUUGAGGCAGCUCAACUUGGCGCUCCAUCGACGAGCCAAGAUGGCCGACGUAGUCCGGGAGGCCAUGACGAUGGCCGACUUCUUCUGGGAAGCCGCCAAGAUGGCCGACGUAGUGCAGGAGGCCAUGAAGAUGGCAGACUUCUUCCGAGGAGCCGCCAAGAUGGCCGCCGUCUUCCAAGAAGCCGCCCAGAUGAUCGACAUUUUCCGCGAGGCUCCUCCGGGACCCGCAAUGAAGCACAGGAUGCGAAGGACCCUAAUUUCGAGCAUAGUUCAUGCGACCGGUGUGGCAGUACGAAGCAUGUUGCAACGUACAGGAAUUGCCCCGCAAGGAACCGGCGGUGCAACGCCUGCCACACGUUGGGUCAUUUUGCAUCAGUAUGCCGAAAAACCCGUACUGUCCAGCACGUCUCUUCCGCAGAGACGCGGUCUUCGUCAACUUCCGCAGGACAGCCGUCCGCGUCUGUCUUGACGGUGAGCACCUUGGAAGCUAAAAGGGAUUUACAAGUCCCGGUCGUAGUUAACGACGUCGCCAUGCGGCUGCUCGUGGACACAGGCGCGUCUGUCUCAUUGAUGACGGCCGAGGAUUUUGAAAAGCACUUUGGUCGACAGCACAGACUGUCAAAAGCAGCAGUGGACUUGAGGAAUUUCUCCAAGCAACGCAUCGACAUUCAAGGCCUUUUCCAAGCCACUGUCCAGUUUCUUCAAAGGUCGUGCUCAGUCACGUUCCAUGUAACGUCCACAGGAACAUCACUGCUGGGUCUUGACGCCAUCCAGCGCUUGGGGAUACAAAUCGACGGUACUUCGCUGACAUGCUGCCUGGCUACGCUUCCUCCAGUACAGAGCCCCACAGGCUACCCCUGGCUCUCCGUGACCAGGUGACAAAUGAACUGCGGCGUCUCGAGGACUGCGACGUCAUCGAGCGCGUCGAGGCUUCUGAAUGGGUGUCUCCACUCGUCGUGGUGCGCAAAAAGGAUGGAGCCAUCCGGCUCUGUGUUGACCUCCGAGAACCGAAUAAGGCAAUUGUCAUUGAUGGGUAUCCUUUGCCGCACGUGGAAGAGUUAUUGCAAAUGUUUCAUGGUGCCACAUAUUUUUCUAAGCUGGAUCUAGCAUCUGCUUACCACCAGCUGUUACUGGAAGAAGGUAGUAGAGAUCUCACCACAUUCAUAACUCAUGAAGGCUUAUUCAGGUUCAAGCGUGUCUGUUUUGGUUUGGCAUCCGCGCCAGCAGUGUUUCAGAAAAUGAUGUCACAAAUCUUGCAGAAUUGUAAGAAUGUUGUCUGUUACCUUGAUGACAUUUUGGUAUGGGGUCAGACGAAACCUGAGCAUGAUGCUAAUUUAAGAGAAGUCUUGCUUUGCAUUUCAAACAGUGGUAUGAAACUGAAUGAAAAAUGUGUCUUCUCUGUGAGAGAACUGACUUUUCUGGGCCAUAAAAUUUCAGCUGAAGGCAUUUCGCCUACAGAGAGCAAGGUAAAGGCAAUCCUGAAUGCACCUGUUCCUACAGAUAUUAAGUCAUUGCAAUCCUUCUUAGGAUUAGCUGGUUACUAUGCCAAGUUCAUUGAUCAUUAUGCAGAACUUGUAGAACCGCUUCGCCUCAUGCUCAGGCAAGGGCAAAAUUUUGCUUGGUCUGAUGACGCACAACGUAGCUUCAAUCAGUUGAAAGCUCAUCUUACAUGUUCCCCUGUCAUUAAGAUUUUCAACCCUGAAUUGCCUGUGGUAGUCACGACUGAUGCAUCUGAUGUUGGUGUUGGUGCUGUGUUACAGCAACCGUAUGGUUCCAAGCUAGAAACUGUAGCUUUUGCAUCUAGAACUUUGUCUGUAGCUGAACGAAAGUAUUCUGUAGGAGAGCGUGAAGCGCUAGCAUGUCUGUUCGCAUGUGAAAAAUGGCAUGUUUACCUCUGGGGUAGACGGUUCACUCUUCGAACUGACCAUCAAGCAGUAGUUGCAUUACUGUCCGCUGGCGACUCAGGUCGUCGACCUCUUCGCAUUUCAAGAUGGUCAGCCAGGCUCCUGUAUUACAACUUUCAGAUUGAAUAUUGCAAAGGAUCAGAAAAUCUAGUAGCUGAUGCCUUGUCUAGACUUCCAGUAAAAGAUUCCCAGAAUGUAGUUCAGGAGGAAGAAAUAGUAUCCUUAGUCACAUCAGUCGUUGACAAGGAAACGGUGCAACUUGCAACGAGUACAGAUGAGACGCUUCAGAAGGUCAGUAAAUGCCUAGCAGAAGGUUGGCCUUCUAAGAAAGCCAUAGACAAUGCUUUAAUAGCUUACUUUCAUGUAAAUGAAGAAUUGUCCUUUGUAGACGGAUUACUCAUGCGUGGUGAUCGUGUGGUAAUACCCAGUGUCCUAAUACCUACAUUUCUACAGCUGGCACAUGAAAAUCAUCAGGGCAUAGUACGUACUAAGCAGCUUCUUCGUGAACGCUAUUGGUGGCCCCAGAUGGAUAGCACUGUUGAACAGUAUGUAAAGCAUUGUCAUGUAUGUAAGCUGGCAGACAAGUCUGCAAAGCCUCAUGUAGCUCCACUGCAGCCAGUCGAAUGGCCGAACGGGCCUUGGCAGAAAUUGGGAAUGGACAUUAUUGGCCCAUUAAACAUGUCCUACCCUAGGUAUCUAGUCACCCUUGUUGAUUACUACUCAAAGUGGCCAGAAGUACUUGGUACUAAUUCCAUCUCCACAGAUGAUGUCAUUAAGCUUCUUGAUUGGGCUUUCAGCCGUGAAGGAUUGCCAGACUCUAUAGUUACAGACAAUGGUCCACAGUUUGUCUCAAAACAAUUCAAAGAUUACCUAAAGGAAAAAGGAAUCGCUCAUUUUUUCUCCUCCAACUAUUAUCCUCAGGGAAAUGGUCAAAUAGAAAGGUUCAACAGAGUCAUUAAGGAACACCUGCAGGUAGCAAGGCUUGAAGGUCGAGAUGCUUCGAAAAGCAUUUCAGAAUUCUUGGGUUCUUAUAGGAUUACGCCACAUGCUACAACGGGUCUCUCCCCAGCUUUCCUACUUCAUGGUCGUCAACCCCGUUCAAAGGUAGAUAUUAGCAACUUCAGGUUGCCUAAGCACACAGCGGUUCAGAACAGUAAAGUUCGCGAGAGAGUCUCGCAGAAACAGCAGCAAACUAAACAGUAUGUAGACAAACUGAGAGGUGCUCAGGCAACUCGUAUCAAGGUGGGAGACACCGUCAAAGUAAAACUUGCCAAGAAAAGAUUUUUUAAGUACAGUACGCCUCGUACAGUUAAAGCCCAGGUAGGACCAUCCUCUUUUGUACUCAGUGAUGGGAAGACGUGGAAUGCCUCUAAGUUAACCACAGUAGUAGAUAAUUCAAAACAUAGUACAUUGUCCACAACGGAUAAAGAUUUUUUGUACUCGUACUCAAACCUGGAUAGUCAUUCCGAUGACUCGUCUGGCAUGACAUCGUCCUUUCAUAGGCAUCACUUAAGUAGUGCAUCUGACUGUAUUGCUUCAGAGGCUACACAGUCAGCAAUCAUUUCUGAUUCCGUGGGGGAAUCGGUAGCAUCCCAGGACUUGUUGGGACUUCGAGAGGAGCUUCCUGGGCAACCCUCUCCAGCUUUGCGCGACAACCACAUUCAAUUGUCCAACCAGGGGGAGGGAAAUAGUAGUGGGACGACUGGGUCUUUAAAGUCGACCGAAACGCGUCGCAACCCCCAAAGUUCUUCUGAGGUACGCAAGCGUCCUCAUCGUGUCAAAAAACGGCCUCCGUGGCUUGACGAUUAUGUUUCUUGAAUGUAGAGCGUUUUGCCGUCUUCGAAAUGCCACGGCUAGGGGCCUCGCUGUGACAUUUGGGAGGCACUUCACAUUUUUUCGUUCACACAGGUAAAAUGUGUUCCUUGUUGCGGUGCAGUGAGUUUUGUGCCGUGUUCCGUGUUGGACUUUGUUUGAGUGACUGCCCAUAUUUUGGUGCCCAAGACUGGUGCGCGUGUAUGUGAACUUGGGCGGGGAUGGAUUGAAUUUGUGGACUUAAGUGCGUGCUUUGUGUGCAACUGGUGCGCGUGUGUGAACAUGGGGGGGGAAUGAACUGAAAUUGUUUUGGACUUAAGUGCGCGUCUUGUGUGCGCGUUUCAAUGUAUGCUCGCUUUGUUUCCAGGGGGGGAUGAUGUAGUAUAGUGUCGCCCCCUGUCAGAUCUCUGUGUCAUCGCACAUGUAUGUUUUGUAAUUGCUUAGCUAGAUGGCGCACCCCCCUUCUGUCAUGUGACAAGCUUGGACCAAUCGGGAGGUGCCAUCUAGCAGGUGAAGCCUUUAUAAGCAAUAAACAGCCGCAGGUCGGCGGAGUCUUCGUUCCGGUUUUCA